AUGGACCCCCUGGCCAAGCCCUGCCCGUCCCAGGCGGAGCACACCCUCGGGAAAUUCAGCGGCCGGCUGACGGCGCUGGAAGCUGCUGGGGAGGACAGCGAGUCUGGCUGCGGCGAAGAGGAGGCCAUGGGGGGCAGCGAUACGUUCAGUAGCCUCGUCGAGAUGGAGGUGGAGACGCUGGAGCAGAAAUUAAAGGGUCUGGCUUUUAGGAAACAGACUUCGUAUAGGUGAGUCAACGGUAGAAGUCUAGCCUUCAGGAAUAAGGGCUAAACGCUAUUUGGAUAAAAACGAGGAUUUAGACAGCAGAGAGGAAGAUAGGGUUAGAGGACUGUGGAUCAUUCUCUGCCCAUUUACAUUCACUUGGGCUGUUUGUUAUUGACAAACAUUGACAAAAACACAAUCGAACACACAAAUAGAGAGAGAGAGCAUUUGACAGCACACAUAUUUCCGACAUACGGUCCUCUGAAAUCCUGUAUUUUUAUUAAUAUGGUAGACUAUUACAUUAUUAAAUUGUGUUAACUAUCACAGUAGGCUAUUUCUCUCUGACUGAACCAUGCAUAGGCUGUAGCACACUGGCAUUCUGACCUACUGUCCAUAGUGUGUGUGCGAAUGCGCAUUGUUGUAUUUUCUGUGUCGUUUUUUUAUGUGUUGUCGUGUGUGGAGGGGGGAGGGGAGAGGGGGUUAGCUCUAUUGAUUUGCAGGCAGUGUGUGUGUUUGUGUGUGUGUGUGUGCUCUGUCGUCGUGAUGUAUGUAUUCUCCCGCCGUGUGUGUAGGGCUGGCUAUUCUCCGGAAUGCCAGCUCGGAUCCCCUUUUGAGACAGGCAGCUUCUGGGGUUGUGGAAUUGGCUAAUGAACAACAAAACCCACAGGAAGCUAUAGCUUUCGUUCUGAUUUAGUGAGAGAUGGAGCGUGUCGUGUGUGUGUGUGUGAUCGUGCAUAGCCUAGUGUGUGUGUGUGUGUGUGUCUGUCUGUCUGCCUCUUGUAUUGGAAAACGGUUUGCUUUGGAGGUCAAAUCAAUAUCGCCUAAUGAUUUGUUUGCCGUUUGGUUUGAGUGGAGAGAUGUUAAAAUCUUUAGUCUGUCUGUCUGUCUGUCUUCUGAUUUGUAAUAGCCAUAGUGAAUUAAUGCUCAUGAUUACAUGCAGCUCCUGUGUCUGUUUGAAGUCCAAGCUCACCAUGGUCUAUGUGUGUGAUUCAAAGAAACCUGAGAAAUGAUACUGUUGAACAUCAAGGCUCUAAGUGUGUGUGUGUGUGUUUCUGUGUGUGUGUGUGUGUGUGUGUGUAAAACAAUGACUCCUUUCAGACCUGUAAUUUAUUUUAAGAAUGUGAAAUAUCCGAAUAAUAGUAGAGAGAAUGAUUUAUUUCAGCUUUUAUUUCUUUCAUCACAUUCCCAGUGGGUCAGAAGUUUACAUACACUCAAUUAGUAUUUGGUAGCAUUGCCUUUUAAUUGUUUAAUUUGGGUCAAACGUUUCCGGUAGCCUUUCACAAGCUUCCCACAAUAAGUUGGGUGAAUUUUGGCCCAUUCCUCCUGACAGAGCUUGUGUAACUGAGUCAGGUUUGUAGUUCUCCUUGCUCGCACACGCUUUUUCAGUUCUGCCCACUAUAGGAUUGAGGUCAGGGCUUUGUGGUGGCCACUCCAAUACCCUGACUUUGUUGUCCUUAAGCCAUUUUGCCAGAACUUUGGAAGUAUGCUUGGGGUCAUUGUCCAUUUGGAAGACCCAUUUGCGACCAAGCUUUAACUUCCUGACUGAUGUCUUGAAAUGUUGCUUCAAUAUAUCCACAUAAUUUUCCUUCCUCAUGAUGCCAUCUAUUUUGUGAAGUGCACCAGUCCCUCCUGCAGCAAAGCACCCCCACAGCAUGAUGCUGCCACCCCUGUGCUUCACGGUUGGGAUGGUGUUCUUCGUCUUGCAAGCGUUCCCCUUUUUCCUCCAAACACAACGAUGGUCAUUAUGGCCAAACAGUUCUAUUUUUGUUUCAUCAGACCAGAGGACAUUUCUACAAAAAUAUUUUGAAAUUGCUCCCAAGGAUGAACCAGACUUGUGGAGGUCUACAAUUUUUUUUCUGAGGUCUUGGCUGAUUUCUUUUGAUUUUCCCAUGAUGUCAAGCAAAGAGGCACUGAGUUUGAAGGUAGGCCUUGAAAUACAUCCACAGGUACACCUCCAAUUGACUCAAAUGAUGUCAAUUAGCCUAUCAGAAGCUUCUAAAACCAUGCCAUCAUAUUCUGGAAUUUUCCAAGCUGUUUAAAGGCACAGUCAACUAAGUGAAUGUAAACUUCUGACCCACUGGAAUUGUGAUACAGUGAAUUAUAAAUGAAAUAAUCUGUCUGUAAACAAUCGUUGGAAAAAUGACUUGUGUCAUGCACAAAGUAGAUGUCCUAACCGACUUGCCAAAACUAUAGUUUGUUAACAAGAAAUUUGUGGAGUGGUUGAAAAACAAGUUUUAAUGACUCCAACCUAAGUGUAUGUAAACUUCAGAGUUCAACUGUAUGUAUCCCCUUCACCAGUCUGUAAUGGUGACACUGCCCUCAGGGGGCAGACCACAGCUGGAGAGUGUGUAGUGUGGUAAUCAGGCAGUGAGUGUGUUUGUGUGUCUAUGUGUGAGUGAGUGAGUGAGUGAGUGAGUAGUGAGUGAGUGAGGGUGAGUAUCUAUGAGGUAGGUAUUUGUGUGUGUGAAGGACAGAGAGUGUAAGAGACAGAGAUAGUGAGAUAGAUCUCAAUGCUUCUACAUCUGCAUUUCUUGCUGUUUGGGGUUUUAGUCUGGGUUUCUGUAUAGGCACUUUUUGACAUCAGCUUUAUAAAUACAUUUGAUUGAUAUAGAUAGAUAGAUAGAUAGAUAGACAGACAGACAGACAGACAUAUAUAUAUAGAAAAAGUGAGAAUAGAGAGAGUGUACUUAGUGUGUUGUAUCCCCACAUUGAGCUGACUCCCGCUGAGUGAGUGGUCACACAGGACUGUGUUCCCAAAAAGCUCUGAGUCCUUUCAUUUAUUCUGAGACGUCUCUGUCUGCUACGCAUAAAUAAACAUCCCUCAGACAUCCAGCGUGUGUACAGUAUGUGUGCAGUGGUGGAAAAAGUACCUAAUUGUCAUACUUGAGUAAAAGUAAAGAUACCUUAGUAGAAAAUGACUCAAGUAAAAGUGAAAGUCACCCAGUAAAAUACUAUUUGAGUAAAAGUCUAAAAGUAUUUGGUUUUAAAUAUACUUAAGUAUCAAAAGUAAAUGUAAUUGCUAAAAUAUACUUAAGUAUCAAAAGUAAAAGUAAACAUAAUUUAAAAUGUCUUAUAUUAAGCAAACCAAAUGGUACCAUUUUCUUGUUUUUUAUUUAUUUACGGAUCGUCAGGGGCACACUCCCAUCACUCAGACAUCAUAUUGUCACGCCCUGGCUCUGGGGACUCUUAUAUGUUGAGCCAGGGUGUGGAUUUUCUAUGUGUGAUUUUCUAUGUUUUGUUCUAGUUCGUGUUUUCUAUGUUGGCCAGGGUGGUUCCCAAUCAGAGGCAGCUGGUUCUCGUUGUCUCUGAUUGGGAACCAUACUUAGGCAGCCUGUUGGCACUAGUUAUUUGUGGGAUCUUGUUCCGUAAGGUUUGUUUUGGUGUAUAACCUAGGACUUCACGUAUCGUUUGUUUUGUUCGCGUGUGUACUUAAUAAAAGAUGUACGCAUAUCACGCUGCGCCUUGGUCCGCUGUUUAUAACGAUCGUGACACAUAUACAAACAAAGAAUGUGUAUUUAAUGAGUCCGCCAGAUCAAAGGCAGUAGGGAUGACCAGGGAUGUUCACUUGAUAAGUGUGUGAAUUGGACCAUUUUCAUGUCCCGCUAAGCAUUCAAAAUGUAACGAGUACUUUUGAGUGUCAGGGAAAAUGUGUGGAGUACAAAGUACAUUAUUUUCUUUAGGAAUGUAGUGAAAUAAAAGUAAAUUUAGUCAAAAAUAUAAAUAGUAAAGUAAAGUACAGAUACCCCAAAAAACGACUUAAGUACAAAAAACUACUUAAGUAGUACUUUAAAGUAUUUUUACUUAAGUACUUUACACCACUGUGUGUGUGAGAGAGUGAAUAGAUGAUUGUGUCAUGCCCCUUUAUGGGAAAUACUGUGCAAUUAACCCUUUCACACACUCAACACUCUUCAACUGACUCUCACUGAAACAGACUCUCUUUAACUUAUGUAUCUGCCAUAAAAACUCUAAAAAUUACUGCAGCGUGUGUGGGUCUGUGAGUGACUGCGUGUUCGCAAGUGUGUUUGCGCUUGUGCAUGUGUGUGUGUACUCGAGUGUGUGUUUGCAUGUGUUCGCAUGUGUGUUUGUCUGUGUUGUAUGUGGGGUAACCUAUCUCCCAGAGGAGGAUGUUCAAAGCCUUUCUCUCUCAUGUGGGAUAAAUCAUUUUUACUUCAUCUCCCAAUUAGAGAUGGUGUUCAUCUCCAACCAGGACCCCAACAACAGAGAGAAGAUUAACAACCACUCAGAGAGAAACAGAACAAGAUGGAAUAACAUCAACUCUGAUCUGGGCCCUUAUCCACAAAGCGUAUCAUAGGAGUGCUGAUCUAGGAUCAGUUUAGCCUUUUAGAUCAUAAUGAAUAAAAUUAUAUGGACAGAUCCUAGAUCAACACUCCUACUCUGAGAUGCUUUGUGGAUACGGGCCCUGGUCACAGUUCCUUGGAGACCUGCCUGCAGUAACUGAAGGAAGAAGCAUUGAAUUGACCAGAACAGACAGAUGCUGACAGCAAAAUUGUUACGGCCCAAAUCCGGCCCACAUCUAUUUGGCCCAGUUUACCAUUUAUUGGUAUUACUGUCCAGAAUUGGGCCAGGUCUGUUUGCCAUACUUAAACCAGUGCCAUGAAAAGGCCACAACACCCAUUACCCAGACUCAAAUAUUGGCGUCAAACUCUCCAGGAGGCCUGUAUGGGUUUUAUCAGUUAUCACAGUGAGAGAGUAGAGUACUCAGCCUGGGACUUGGCAUCAGAAAGAGACUCAUGCAUUUUUUAACAGCCGAUCAGAGUUCUAAUUGUAGAAUUGUUCAGAUGACACAUUUUCUCAUCCUCCCGACUGAAACCGAUGAAACAGUUCAACAUGCAUAUUAAUGGCUUUCAGUGAGAGAGUCAUAGGCCUUUUCUUGUUUGGGCAAAAGUCCAUACUCCGUCCUCUCUCCUCCAUGACCCGGAAACCGAUAAGUGGUCGAGUGGUCGAGGAGUGUGUCAAUUCAUUAGUAGGCAAACGGAAGACGGUCCUCCCCUCCUCAAUAGCCUCCUUUUGGCGAGGAAACACAAGUGUAUCCUACCACGGAAGAGUUUUGAUAUUUGCCACACCCCCUUUGAAUCAGAUGUUGCAUUGUCAGAGGAGAAAAGCAUGCACACAUUUAAAAACAAUAUGCUACUUAUCCUUGUAUCUAUAAAAUGUCUUGCACAACUAACUUCAUUUAUUUUGAUCUCUUUACACAUUUAUUUUGGGAUCCACCCCUGUAAACGUCAUAUGCUUAAUGACUCGCGAGUGGAGAAGAACCUUCUCAUUUCAUACAAGCACAUUUUCGUCCACACACUCUCCUCGUCGCCUCUCCUCGAUUACCUUUGACUUUUUUCAAAAGGGGGAGAGAGAGCACGGAGGAGAGAGGACGUAGCCUACAGGCUAAUCUAGGCCUACUGCAUCUCUAUAGCUUCAUACUGUAUAUCAACUAAGUUGCCACCAACUUUAAGGAGACAAAACCUUAAAGCUAGAAUUCUUAACUUAAACAAUAACAAAGCGUUUUCCCCGCCCCUGUGUUGCUAAAAAACUAAGGGAUGGGGCUGGAGAAAUGUAACCACUCUCAAAUUCAUAGGCAUAGCUAUGGAUGCAAGGACUGACAUCCAUGAUAUCAAAAAUAUAGUUUUAACCAUGUUUGUUUACAUUUACGUUGUUUACUAACAGAGUAAAACAAGCUUAUAUUUUGGGUUCUAAUGGGGUACGGCAGUUGAACUGAGCUCAUGAGGCAUUUAUAAGUUAUAGUCUUCAAGAAUCAAUGGGUAUACAGUGCCUUCAGAUGUGCUUGGGAAGAGCCCUAGUAGUGUACAGUGCAUUCUGAAAGCAUUCAGACCCCUUCCCCUUUUCCAAAAUUUUUUUACGUUAUAACCUUAUUCUAAAAUUGAUUAAAUAAACAUUUUCCUCAUCAAUCUCCACACAAUACCCCAUAAUGACAAAGCUAAAACAGGUUUUUAGAAAUGUUGGCACAUUUAUAAAAAAUAAAAAACAGAAGUACCUUAUUUACAUAAGUAAUCAGACCCUUUGCUAUGAGACUCGAAAUUGAGCUCAGGUCCAUCCUGUUUCUAUUGAUCAUCCUUGAGAUGUUUCUACAACUUGAUUGGAGUCCACCUGUGGUAAAUUAAAUUGAUUGGACAUGAUUUAGAAAGGCACACACCUGUCUAUAUAUAAGUUCCCACAGUUGACAGUGCAUGUCAGGGCAAAAAAACAAGCCAUGAGGUCAAAGGAAUUGUCCGUAGCGCUCCGAGACAGGAUUGUGUCAAGGCACAGAUCUGGGGAAGGGUACCAAAAAAUGUCUGAAGCAUUGAAGGUCCCCAAGAACACAGUGGCCUCCAUCAUUCUUAAAUGGAAGAAGUUUGGAACCACCAAGACUCCUCCUAGAGCUGGCAGCCUGGCCAAACUGAGCAAUCCUGAUGGUCACUCUGACAGAGAUCCAGACUUCCUCUGUGGAGAUGGGAGAACCUUCCAGAAGGACAACCAUUACAGCAGCACUCCACCAAUCAGGCCGUCACUCUUCAGUAAAAGGCACAUGACAGCCCGCUUGGAGUUUGCCAAAAGGCACCUAAAGGACUCUCAGACCAUGAGAAACAAGAUUCUCUGGUCUGAUGAAACCAAGAUUGAACUCUUUGGCCUGAAUGCCAAGAGUCUCGUUUGGAGGAAACCUGGCACCAUCCCUAGUGUGAAGCAUGGUGGUGGCAGCAUCAUGCUGUGGGGAUGUUUUUCAGCGGCAGGGACUGGGAGACUAGUCAGGAUCGAGGCAAAGAUGAACGGAGCAAAGUACAGAAAGAUCCUUGAUGAAACCUGCUCCAGAGCGCUCAGAGCCUCAGACUGGGGUGAAGGUUCACAUUCCAACAGGACAACGACCCUAAGCACACAGCCAAGACAAUGCAUGAGUGGCUUCGUGACAAGUCUCUGAAUGUCCUUGAGUGGCCCAGCCAGAGCCCAGACUUGAACCCGAUUGAACAUCUCUAAAGAGACCUGAAAAUACCUGUGCAACGACGCUCCCCGUCCAACCUGACAGAGUUUGAGAGGAUCUGCAGAGAAGAAUAGGAGAAACUCCCCAAAUACAGGUGUGCCAAGCUUGUAGCGUCAUACCCAAGAAGACUUGAGGCUGUAAUCACUGCCAAAGGUGCUUCAACAAAGUACUGAGUAAAGGGUCGGAAUACUGAUAUUUCUGUUUUUUAUUUUUAAUACAUUUGCAUACAUUUCUAAAAACCUGUUUUUUCUUUGUCAUUAUGGAGUAUUGUGUGUAGAUUGAUGAGAAUAUAAAAAAAAAAUCUGUUUUAGAAUAAGGCUGUAACGUAACAUAAUGUGGAAAAAGUCAAGGGGUCUGAAUACUUUCCGAAUGCACUGUAUGUGCAUGGGAAAUACAAGACAGAAUGUUAUUAUUCAAGGCUGACUUUGAGCCAUACAACCCCUCUCACCUCUCUCUCUCUGCUUUGAGCUGAGGGCUGUACAGCAGGGAGGAAGUACAUCCCCUCCGUUUCCUCUCUAACUUAUUCAUAUGCAGCAGAGACAGCGUGCUGCUGACGCCAUCGUUUUAUACAGAUGAAUACAUAGUGGUAACACACUGAACGUUGACUGUCUAGUGCAGGGGAAGAGAGGGCUUCCAACUGUCUGCUUCUAUCUGGCCUGUUUCAAUGAUCUCCCUCGUCCCCUCCCUCCUUCUCUUCCUCUCUCUCUCUGUCCUUCUGUCCCUUCAUUCAGUGACUUCUCAUGUAUUUCUAAAGCAGGCAGAGGGUAUAGGGAGCAACCAGACAGACAGACAAAAUGAUGAGACAGACAGACAGGGGCUCUAAGAUCAGGGCCCAGGCGAUUGCCCCUUUAUGUGAACCGUAUGAUUACUAAGGGAGAGAAGGAGUUGAUCGUUCUCUGUGGAUUGGUUUGGUGUGAGGAGGUGGAUAGCUGCUGAGUUUCUGGACUUUUGGCAGCCUGUGAAUGUGUUGAAGGCAUUGGAACGGUGUGUGUUUGAGCUGCGAAUGUGAGAUGGUUGGGUGUUCUGUGUGUAUACGGGGGUUUUAAUCAUUAAUCCGUCAAUCGCAUGCAUGCAUGUACACACACACACACACACACACACACACACACACACACACACACACACACACACACACACACACACACACACACACACACACACACACACACACACACACACACACACACACACCAGGACAUUAGGAGUGUGACACAUCCUCCUCCCUUUCCUCCUCUUUGUGGGUUAUAAUACCCUGUUCUGGUUGUCUGACACUAAGAUGUGUGUGUGUGUGUGAGAGAGAGUUGUGUGUGUGUGCAUGCCAGUGUUUUAUUUGAUGGGGCAGGUCUGUGGCGCAGGUCUGUGGGGCAGGUCAGACACACACAGUGUCUGAUAAUACGUGCGUAGGUAACCGUCAGUAUUAAUCUGUGUGGUGAAGAGAGGAAUGGGGGGAUGUCUGUUUUAGGAGUAGAGGACAGAUUAUUCCUUUAAAAGGCCUCUCUGUCUCCUGGCAUUUUCCAGAGCAGAGCAGCGCCGGGGUUGGGGCUGGCGGCUGGUGUUUUUCUCCCAUAAUGCAUUGUGAUGAGGCAUUAAGGGGAUUGGAUGUUCAGGCUGUGGAGUCAGUCUCUCCUUAUUUGGGGUCUGUCUGGCUGUAAGAGGCUUUUCCUGAUGCCUGGGUCCUGGCCCCCCCCUCACAUCACCCAGCACCAGGCAGACCAGGCUGAGGGGCCCUACUACAGGCCCAAGCUUCAGCAGGAUUCACUAGGCCCCAGAGUGGAUGGCUAGACAGGAACAGGUGUAGUGUGUGCCUGUUAAACCUGCUGUUUUUCUGUCAGAGCUCUCUAGACAACUACCUACCCCCCCCCCCCCCCCCCCCCUCUCUCUCUCUCUCUCUCUCUCUGUUCUGUCCAGUCCAUCUGGCAGUGCCACAGACAGCCCCACUGAGCUGAGAGUGACUCCAUCACUGUGA